UCAAUUAUUAUAUAUAUAUCGGCUGUGAAACGAAUAACUUACGUUAUGUUGAAAUACUUGAUAUGUGUGGUGUUGAGUUCUCUGAUAUUGGAUGUCGUUGUGUCAUAUGAAUCUGAAGAACUUUCAAACUACGAGCUGCCAUGUCUAACUUUUGGCGGGAUAUGUGUGCAUACGGACGAUUGUCCGGUGGAUAAACAUUCAGAAAUAAAAGGCCUUUGUCCGCUGCAACAGAAAAGUGGUGUUGAAUGCUGUCAUGCGAUUCCGAUAUCCGAAACGAGGUGCAGACAAAAUGGCGGUAAAUGUUUUGCGAAAAAUCAAACGUCCUGUCCUGAAAACUUAACUUUUAUAGAAGCAACCGACUGCUCUGAGGAUGAAACGUGCUGCAUUUUAGUUAAUUAAAGACCUUACGUUUC